AUGAUCGGCGGCUGCAGUGGUUUCAAAGCAUUGGGUAAUGCUCUCUCGAGAAGAUGUUUUAGUCAGUCGCGCACCGCGUGGUCGCACAUAGGAUCGCUGCCUGUGUACACAACGCGGGACACUAAAUUCGAGAUCGGCGAGCUGAAACCGGCGUAUGUGAUAAGAAAGGGCAACAAGUCUCUGAAGCUCUCACAGAUAUACUCUGUAACCGGACCGCGUGGCUCGCUGUCCAUGCGGGUGCCGGAGUUUGUGUCCGUGGACCAAGACGCGGAGAACGGGAAGCUCACGGUGUCUGUGCGGGACGAAAGCGACAAGAUUCAAAAGUCACUAUGGGGAACCGUACGGAGCCAUCUGCACAACCACAUUGUCGGCGUCAAUGAAGGCCACAUGGCCGUGCUCAGAUUCGUCGGUACAGGCUACCGGGCGCAGCUCGAGCAGGACGGCAAGUUUGUCAGUGUCAAGGUCGGUGCGUCGAUCAUGCAGGGCCUCCCUGUGCCAGAGGGCAUUACUGUGAAAUCACCCGCCCCGACAUCACUAAUCGUUGAAGGCUGCGACAAACAGCAGGUUUACCUGUUCGCGGCCAACCUGCGCAAAUUCCACCCUCCAGAGCCCUACAAGGGCAAGGGGAUUUACAUCAAUGAUGAAAAGAUCACCCUCAAGGACAAGAAGAUCAAAUAA